AUGAAACGCGAUCACUGCGCGCCACAUUCAAAUAAACCAUCAAUACGCGAACUACCUCGAAACACAACCGACCUGAAUGGUUCGAAACGACGAUGGCCCUGCAAGGUGGCGAAGUCAGGUAGCGCAGCUCCGGCAGUUAAAGAGAUGGGUGACAACGAAGACUUGAUUGAGGAUGACUAUGAUUCCUAUGACGAAUUAUUCGCCCAGCACUUUACGGGCGAAAGACUUUCGCAACUUGAUGGAGCGGAAGUUGUUCCUGCUUCCCAGGAUAAGCCUCCAAUAUCCUCUCAAACGAAAAGUGCAAGGAGUUUACAGAAAUCUACAAACAAUGCCAAACGCUUCAUUUUACAAUCGAAGACCCCUCGAUGCCCCGAUUUACAAAAUGAACAGAAAUUGCCUUGGGCACAGAGAUAUGCUCCUCAAACGUUGGAAGAAUUAGCUGUUCACAAAAAAAAGGUCAGCGAUGUAGAGCAGUGGUUGACCAAUGCACUCACGGGGAAAUCUCGAAAAAAUCUACUUGUUCUCAAAGGGCCUACAGGGAGUGGGAAAACCACUACGAUAUCGUUACUGUCAGACAAACUGAAAUUCAAUAUAUUGGAGUGGGAAAACCCAUUAGGCUCCGAGUACGGGGGAGAGGAUUAUCUCUCCUUUGGGUCCCAGUUUGAUGGAUUUCUGAGCCGCAGUCAUAAGUUUCGCAGCCUUGAAUUGGAUAGCAGUGGUGGCGCACAGUCACCCAUGAAAGCCAAUCCCCUCCAGCGACGUAUCAUUCUCAUUGAAGAAUUUCCAACCUUAUCAAGUCCAAAUGCCUCGGUUCUCGCUGCUUUUCGGCUAUCUAUAUUGCGAUAUAUCUCCGUGAAUGCACCACAUGUCCGAACUGAUUAUUAUAGUGGUGAAACUGAGAUACCACCAAUUGUUAUGAUUGUAUCCGAAUCAUUUUCAAAUCCCGAGUCUUCAUUCGAAAACCUGACAGUUCACCGCUUGCUUGGUCGCGAAAUCUCAAACCAUUCGAGUACGAGUGUCAUCGAGUUCAAUAGCAUUGCGCCCACGUUCAUGUCCAAGGCGCUGAAGCUAGUUUUGAAAAAGAGUGCAUAUCAGCCCAUGGGUAACCAAGCUUCAACGCAGUUCACAAUCAAAACCAUUUCUAUGAUAGGGGAUAUUCGAAACGCAAUCGCCUCCUUGGAGUUUUUUUGUCUCCGCAGCGGCAACCAAUGGCCCGAAGGGGUUCACGACACCUCCAACAUCAGAGCCGCAGCUCGAAGUCGCAAAAAGAUGCCCCCUGUCAGCAGUGAGACACAAAUUUUAUCUCAGAGGGAAGUCGGUCUCGGCUUAUUCCACGCAGUUGGAAAAAUAAUUUACAAUAAACGAAAUAGCAGCACUGAUACCGAGAAUCCACAAGACCUUGACCAAUCCGGUGUCUCUCAGGUGCAUGUUAAUGAAUUACUAAAUGAGACUGGAACAGACAUUAAAUCGUUCAUUGGUGCCCUCCAUGAAAACUAUGUGCCCUCUUGCAGCGGCCCGUCAUUCACAAGAUGUCUGGAUGACUGUAUCGGAUCUCUGUCGGACAGUGAUAUGCUCUGCGUUGACCAAAAGGGCCUUAGUAAGCCUCAAGCUGGUCUUGGAAACAAUUUCAUCAAACCCGGAAUUGGUGUUGACUUUUUGCGACAAGAUGAAAUUAGCUAUCAAGUUGCUGCACGCGGUCUACUGUUCUCUCUCCCUUAUCCUGUGAAAAGACAAAUUUCACAUACGAGCAGUACGAGUCAUUCGAAUGACUCGCAUAAACUAUUCUUUCCCCCUACCAUCCGACUGGCUCGUCAAUUCGAAGAAACACGAAAUCUCAUAGAUUCGUGGGGAAACGCCCUGCUUGGUUCAACCGUACGGCUGAGUGCGGUCCCACUACCAGGCCACGCUAGGUCUAUAUCCCCCAACUUCACUCAUGAAGAAGGGGUAGGGUUUCAAAGCAAUAACCAUGAAACUUCGACGUCCGCCGCCGUUCCCAUCACCUUCAACGAUCUAAUACUUCAUCAGUUACCCUAUAUGACGAUGAUCCUUGGAAAGGAUGUGGGGUCGAGCGCCCAAAGGAUUACCAGUCCUGAAACUCGCGGCUUGAACUACCGCUUGCAACAAGACGAGCAAUAUGCAUGGGGCUCAUCUGCUUCCGGUUUUCGAAGGCUCGGACGUGAAACUCGGAGUCCUCAAUUCGAACGGCAGGCACUAGUGGUUUCCCAAGCGGACGAUGAGCAGCUUUUUCUCAGUGACGACGACAUUGUAGAUGAUCUAUGA